UGUUUUUUUAUUCAGUUUUGUUAUUGUGCAAAAGCCGAAAAUUAAAAAUAAAAUAAAUAAAUAAAAAAAAAAACACAACUGUUUUUGCGUGUGCGAAUUGUUAUCACAGAUGCCGAUGAUAAUGAUGAUAAUAAUCAUUGGAUUGAGCUACCUGUUAAUGUAAUUAGCAACAAAUGCAAUUUGCUUAAAUAUUCUACUUUCAAUUUGAGUGCAGAAUCACAAAAAAUUGACUAACUAACUAAAGAAACUGGAAACAUUUGGUCACCCUUCUACUGCUGCUGAAGUCAAGCGCUCAAAACUGUGGCACAGUUUCGCUUCUACUAAAAUGCACUUUUAACUUGAGUUGCAAAAGGAGUCAGACAGAGUGUGUGUGUGAGAGAGAGAGAGAGAGAGAGAGAGAGAGAAUAACUGAAGUGACAUCGACAUCGAGACAACAAAACGCGGCUAACAAAACACAAAAAGCGUGGAAAGAUGUGCCUGAUGAGGCUGCUGAAGUUGUCUCUGGCGCUGACCAUGCUCAGUCUGUGCUCCGCCAGCAGUUCCAGCUCCAGUUCCAGUUCCAGCUCGUCCAGCAACAGCUCCAACACCAGCAACAAUUCACUAGGUGUGUUCAUUGAACGGGCGCCCGAAUCGGCGGUGGCUCCAAAGGGUGACGAGGUUGUGUUCGAGUGUGAGAUGAACCUGAAGCCGGAUCGCUUGGAGUGGAGAUUCCGAUAUAGCUCAAGUGAACCCUAUCGAUAUCUGCAUCCCGCUGACGGUUACAAUGUGACGAGCAGCAAUGAGGAGCGCACCUGGAAGCUGCGGAUCUAUGUGAGUGCCCAGACGCUGGGAGACUAUCAGUGUGUCGCCUGGUAUGGACCUGGUGCCAUCGCCUCAACCCCAGGACGGCUCACCCUUGUCUCCAUCUCCAUAGACAAUGCGAACGGUUAUAAUCGGCAUGCGGUCCGCUGGAGCGUUGCCCCCAAGAACUGUGUGCUACUGCGUUGCGGUUCGGUCAUCUCGAAUCCGCCGGCUAUUUGGAGUUUCUAUCGCAAUGGCGAGAAGCUACCGCAGACGGAACUGCUGCCAGGUGCGGCGGGCGCCUUGGUCCUGGACUCGGUGAGUGGCAAGGAUGCAGGGAAUUACACAUGCGCGGCGACCAAUGCCAUCACUGGAGAGGAACUGCGUCUGCCGCAGGUGAUUGAUUUGCGAGUGGAUUAUACGGAUCGAACACCGCCGUAUUUCCUGCUCCAACAGCCGGCAACACAGGUGGCAACACGUCCCGGCGACACCGUUGUCCUCGAGUGUCCCGGCGUCGGAUCACCGCGUCCCAGCGCUGUCUGGAGCAGUCCCAAUGUGCCAAAUAUAUAUCAUAAUCGAAGUCGCGUUCUCGCCUACGGCCUGCAGAUAUCCGAUGUGCAGCCCGGGGAUCAGGGCUCCUAUGUCUGUCGCCUGGACAACGGCAUUGCCCCCGUUCGUGUCCACAUGAUCAAGCUGAGUGUCUUGGAGCGUCCCCGCAUUCAACGUGGUCCCAACUCGACCCUCACCAACGAGGGUGACUCACUGACCCUUGAAUGCGAUGCCAUUGGGCAUCCACAGCCGGAGAUCUACUGGCUCCUCAACGGCGAGGACGCCGCCGCCGACAAAGAGACCCGCAUCGAGCACAAUCGCCUUCUCAUCCACCACGUCCAGAAGCGACAUGCUGGCGUCGUCCAAUGCUUUGCACGCAAUCAACUCGGCGAGACCAGCGAGGGCAACAUGCUGCGUGUGAAUCCCCUGCAGAUAAAUGGCGAGGAUGAUCAGCCGCUGGGAAAUGUGCCCAUGCGAUUUGACCAUGAGAUGGGUCAUGGAAACGGGAACGGAAAUGGGAAUGCAAAUGGUGGCUACUCAUCCUCAUCUUCGCGCAGUAAGAACAAGCGCAAGUAUAUGAGAGUUGCAAACAUGGUGCCACCAUCACGACCCAAUGUUACCCGCCUGGCCGACGAUGCUGUCAUGCUGCGCUGGAAUGUGCCCAGUAACGACGGCCUGGCCAUACAGUUCUUCAAGGUGCAGUACCGCAUGUUGGGCAAGACUCCCCGCGAGAACUGGCAGACGACCAAUGAGAAUAUACCAGCCGGCAAGCAGAGAGAGCGUGAAAGAGAUCGCGACCGCGCCCGUGACCACGUCCGUGACCACGUCGACACGGGCGUUAAGAACUAUACUUCAUCGGUGACCGGACUGCGACCAGAUCGCAAUUAUCGCUUCCGGAUCAUUGCCGUCUACUCGAAUAAUGACAACAAGGAGGGCAACACAUCCAUCAAGUUCUUCUUGCAGCGUGGCGCUGCCAAAUCGAAUCUGCCAGUGCCCCAACUACGACAGAUCGAACCGUAUUCCGAGUCGGCAAUUGUGCUCCACUGGACACUCUCGCCGACAACUGGUCAGUCUCAAAAUAUUGAUGGUUACUAUGCCUACUAUCGGCCAGCUGCAUCGGCGGCCGAAUACCUCAAGGCCACCGUCGAGGGCGCCAAUGCGCGCCAAUUUCAAAUCGAUCAGCUCGAUCCGGCAACUCCCUACGAAUUCAAGUUGCAAACGUUCAACGCGCACGCAGCGUCCGAGUUCAGUGAGAUCAAGCAGGGACACACCAUGAAAUCUCCUGGUCACUCGGCAACCGUCACAGCACCGUCAAUUGUGGCCGUACCCAAUGGAUCUGGCAAUGAUGAGCAGAAUUCGAUCUAUCCGGUGAUUGCUGGUGCCGCUGGAGGCGGUCUAUUGCUCCUCAUCGCCACUGUGGUUGCCUGUCUUUGCAUUCGCCGGCGCAGCAAUGCCCAACCCGAGGAUGAAAACAAGCCGCAAUUGGAUCAUAUACAAGCGGAUUUUGUUACAUCCGCUGUGCUGGGCGUGGCAUCUCAUCAUAAUCAUAAGCCUGGCGAUGUGCGACGCCUUAAUGGCGUCAUUCCACGCAUGAACAUCACACCCAAUCCUCUGGCACAGGAUCCCACUGCCGAUAAGACCAAUGCGCUGGCUGUUGCCGCUGCGGCAGCAAUGCAUCAGCCGGGAUUGCAUCAUGCACAGCCGUAUCAUGCUCCGGGCACGCCUACGCUGCUGCAGAAGCGUCUGCCAUCGGCGCAUGACUUUCAGCAGCUGCAGGCGCCGCCAGUACCGCCACAUGCCGCCUAUUACCAGCAGCAACAAGGUGCAGGAGUAGCAGCAGGUGCCACAAGUGGCGCCUCGCCCAUGUUGGAUCAGCAGCGGCGCACACUGGAGCGCAGCGUGCGCAGUCUGCAGCAACAGCAACAACUGCAGCACCAACAACAACAACAACAGCAGUCAGCACUUGCCUAUGGCCUGGAGGAUGCACUGACAACGCCAACACGCAUUCCGUCGUUGCGACGACAGCGACGUGCGUCCGGCAGCCAGCACAAUAGUCACACCAAUCUCAGUCAUCAUCACAAUAAUAACAACAACAACAGCAGCAGCAAUAACAACAACAACAACAGCAGCAGCAGCAACAACAACAACAACAAUCUGCCACAUCAUCUGAUGCAUCAUCAGCAUCUGCAACAUCAUCAUCAUCAUCAUCAGCAGCUGCAGCAGCAGCAGCAUCAGAACCACAUUCACAAUCACAAUCACAACGGUGGCGUCGGUAUACCCAUUGUCCCUGGCAGUCCACGUGUCCAGCGCUCUCCCAUGCCCGCCCGGGCGCUCAUCAAACGCACACGGCUCGGCAGUCACACGGACAACAUCUCUUCGGGCAGUCUCAACAGUAUUGAGGUGUAGUUUUAAGCCAAUCUAAGCAAACACCGCUUCCCGGUGUUUAACCUAUAAGACAAUUAUUAUUAUUUUUUUUUUUCUUGUAAUUGUAUUAAUUUAAUUUAUUUGGCCUUUUCUCGAUAGGAUUAGGCUACGCAUAGAUCCUAGUUGUAUACUCCUUACGGGAGCUUCAAUUUUGUAUGUAGUGUUAUUUAUUUAUUUAAUUAAUCAACGCAACGACGACUCGAAUUCAUUGGUUAUUUUAAUUAGUUUUAUAAUCAUAUUCCUCCUUUGCCCCCUUUUUACCUUUCCUCCGUUCCCACGAAGAUGGGGAAAAAUAAGAAGGCAGCACUAGAUUUACUUAUAUACUUAGUUAUAGGUUAACGCUAUUCAUAAGUUGUUCACUAUUAACGUUAUCUCGCUGCUUAAAUAUAAAUACAAAUUUAAAUUAUUUAUCAGUAAUUUAGAUUUUAGACAUGAUUAGAAUUUAUAAUUUACACACACACAUACACGUACUUAUUGUAAGAUACCC